CUUUCGAAGUAAUUGCACGAUCACACACGCACUCCAAGCAAACAUUAGACUAUUGAGAUCCACCCCCUACAUUGUCAAUUCCUGCACCAGAAUGGAUGGAUGAGAUUAACCAAACCUUGAGACUACCCAUGGUGUACCAAACACCAUACACCAUUGAUGAACCAGAUGCAUAAACCAUUGAUGUAAUACUAAAUAUACAUGGGCUAAACCCUAACCUCCAUGAUGGGUGUUAGUGCGCUUUGUCCGGAUAAAGACCUAUGCGUUAGUCCUCUUUUCUCCAUUGCCGAAACUAUAUGUUCCUGCGGAAGCAUAACUUUUAAUUUUUAAACUAUUGGAAAAUGGGAAAUGAGAACCAUUAUUGACUGCUCGGUGUAACUUGCGCUAUAGCCAAUAAUUUCUAGCACCAAAAAGAUAGGAGGAAUCUAUGAUUAGGCAUGGGUGGUUUAGGAAAGGAGGAUACCAGAUGCAGGCUAUGGAGUUGGCAAGAUUCUGAAGCAGAGUGAAACCAUUGAGGUCAUUGCUGCUAGCAUACCUUGAGGAGAAGUUUGUGUGCUUAUUCAUUCUCUAAGCCACCACCAUUUUCCUUCAAAUGAUUCAUCCUCUCGCAACUUGAACCCAUUUUUCUAAGGCAAGAGCAAAUGGAUGCAGCCCGGAACCAUGCGCUUCAUGUUCUAUCUCCGCUUUUUCCAUCAUCAAAGGACCCCAGUGGACCCACCAUCACCAUCACCAUCCAUCAUAUCUAUGCACCACCUCUUUUUCCCAGACUAUGGAAAACCAACCCAUGCUCCGGCCACCUAUGCCUCUCUAUUACAAGCAUGCACCAAGACCAAAUCACUUUGCACUGGCCGUGUUCUCCAUGCUCUCCUCUUCUUCAAUGGCCACCAACAAAACACCCCCCUCCAAACGAACCUCAUCAACAUGUACGCUACAUGUGGCAAUCUUUUAGAUGCCCAAUUGGUCUUUGAUCGAUUGCAAUCCAAGAAUGUACGUUCAUGGAAUGCUUUGAUAAGAGGCUUCAUAAAACAUGGCCUUUACAGAGAGGCCCUGAUCUUGCACUCCCAGAUGUUGGGCUCUGGCAUUGAACCUGAUAACUUUACCUUCCCUUUUGUUCUAAAAGCAUGUGCUGAUUUGGGGGACCUCCAAAUGGGAAAAAGCAUUCAUCAUCAAAUAGAAAGAAGCAACUACAAAGGGGAUGUGUAUGUAUGCAAUGCCCUUGUUGCUAUGCUUGCAAAAUGCGGGGAUUUGAUUGAAGCACAACGAGUGUUCAAUCAGAUGACUCAGAAAAAUGUGGUCUCCUGGACAGCUAUGAUUGCAGGUUAUGCUCAAGGGGGUCGAGCUAUGGAGGCUUUGGACUUGUUGAGAGAGAUGGGGAAAGCAGGGUUGAGCCCUAAGCCAGUAACACUGGCUUGUGCUUUACCUGCUUGUGCCAAUUUAGAGGCAAUUUGGUUUGGUAAGGAAAUCCAUGGUCAUGCCAUCAAAACCAAAUGUGAUGAUGACCUUUAUGUUGCCAGUGCUCUUUCAGAUAUGUAUGCUAAGACUCAUGACAUGACUUAUGCUACCAAAGUUUUUGAUAAGAUGCCCAAAAAAAGUGUGGUCUCUUGGAAUGGUAUGAUUGCAGGUUGUAACCAAAAUGGUUUUAGCAACAAAGCGUUGGAUCUUUUUAGGAAGAUGGUGGUAACUUUCCCCAGGAAACCCAAUUGGGUAACCCUUGUAAACCUCCUUCCUUCUUGUGCUAAGCUAUCUGCCCUCCUCCAUGGUAAAGAGAUCCAUGGCUUUAGUGUGAAAAACCAUAUCCACUGGGACACAAUUGUUUGCAAUGCCUUGAUCGACAUGUAUAGCAAGUGUGGGAGCCUUGAGCUUGCUCGCCGUGUCUUUGAUCGCAUGCCUGAGCGUGAUGUGAUCACUUGGACGGCCAUGAUCGCAGGUUAUGGCAUGCAUGGCAAUGGUGAAAAGGCUGUACAUCUCUUCUCUCUAAUGCAUCAGAGUGGGGUGAGGCCAGACUAUGUCACUUUUGUUGGUCUCCUCUCCUCUUGUAGCCAUGCCGGGCUGGUUGAUCAAGGCCUAAAGUUGAUUGAGAUCAUGGAGCAUGAUUAUGGAAUCCACUCUCGCCUAGAGCAUCAAUCAUGCAUCGUAGACCUGUUGGGUCGAGCAGGUAGGCUUGAGGAAGCUUUCGAUUAUAUAAAACGCAUCCCUGUUGAGCCUGGUCCAGUUGUGUGGGGUGCCUUAUUAGCUGCAUGCAAAGUGCAUAAAAAUGUAGAGUUAGCAGAAAGAGUUGCAAAGAUUCUAUUUGAGCUUGAGCCCAAAAACACAGGGAACUACAGUCUUUUGUCGAGUAUAUACGCCGAGAGUGGGAAAUGGAAAGAAGCAGCUGAGGUAAGGCUGACGAUGAAGUGUAGAGGGCUCAAGAAAAGGCCAGGUUCGAGCUGGGUUGGUUUAAAGGGGCCAGUGGCGCAUGAGUUUCGCUUUGGUGAUUUGUCUAAUCCAAUGGCCAAAGAUGCAUAUGAGUUCUUGGAUGAGUUGAUGGUUAAGGCAUGAGAGAUGGAAGAGGGGCCAUAGAAGGGAGACAGAGAACUUCUUGUGUGAGCAAAAUGAAAAAGUUCCAGUGACAUUCGAGGUAACGAGCACAGAUGUUAAGACAAUGGUGCAAGUGAGUAAUACAAGAGAGUGUACAGAUUCCAAAUCUUAUGAAGAUACUGUGUGGUGGUGAUAAAGUGGGAAAUUGAAGCAAGAGAUUCACGCCUGUUUCUUCAGUCUUCUGGGGAUUAUCAGUGAGACUGUGAUUGUCCCCAAUCCCCAUGGCCUAAUGGCAUGGAGAUCUUCAUCUCAACCUCCUGAUAGAAUUUUUCAUGGACCUCCGGUGUAAUGUGUAUUUUGGACACCAUGCGGCACUGUUCCAUUUGGUGAAUGCUUCUUCCCUGGUAUAUUAUACUCCACUUGCUUGUGCUCUACUUGUUUUCCUCCAUGCUUGCUUCACCCACAAAAGAAAUACAUUAGGAGAACUUGGAAGGAGAGCUUGUAUUAGUUUAGAAAAUAGAAACCAAGGUAGAAAAAGUCAGGUUUUUCUUCAUUUUUGUAAUGUACAUUUUAACCUAAUUAUAUGGUGUUUUUUAUCA